UAUGGAUCAAGAAUGAUUGGACAAGCUAAGAUUAAAGGAGCUUCAAUUAUUCCAUGAAGAGCAAAGACUAGAUCAUAUUUUUGAUGAAGUUGUCAAAAUCCAUCCAAGUGUUCGUAAUCCGAAGGCAUUUGCUUUAAUGGGAGAGAGUGCUAUAAAGAUGGAAUCUAAAGAUCUUAGUAAAAUCAGAAAUAAUAUUUCAUUCGGCCCAUUUGUCAAAUCUAUCAUUACUCAUUAUCUUUAUUCAAAAAAGAAGAAAUGUUCUGAGAAUAUUCUAAAUCUCAUAAAGCCAAGGCAAGUAGAGUAUUUAUGGAUAAAUUGUGGAUAUGAAGAUAUCGACUCAUGAUAUCACAAAAACAUCCUUCGACUUAGCAAGCUUGCUCCAAUGGUAACUACAAGGUGCCAUUUCUCUGAUAUUAUAAUUUCAAAGAAUAAUUUUGAGAAAAUUAUAAUGAGAUGAAGAUACACGAGCAUUAUCAUAUUCUGAUUCUGUAAGAUAUAUUCUAAAAGAAUGAAAUUGAAAGCAGACAUCUCUUUCAAAACCACCUUUGUUCAUUUUGACCAAUGUGAAGGAGCUUCUCAAAGUGACUGGGAGAAUAAUCCUUCCCACUUACAGUCAAUUAUCAAAGCAUUUUCAACCUCCCAGAUCAGAAAUUCCUUAGAAAAGAUCCAUCUUGGACGUCUAAUGCUCUCCAUUACCAACUUAAAAAACCUAUUUUCCCCCUAUCCUUUACCUCAGACCGAAAUAACCCUGUUCAGCACAACCGACCAAAAAUUUGCCACCCUAAAACUACCUUCAAAACCACCAUCUAUUCCUCAAAAAUGACUUAUUCAAUAA